CUGGCUAUGGCUGAUCUGCAAGUCAUAUCGAUAUUUGCGAUCAUUUUCACCUUCAUCGCGUUCGAUGCAAUUCGAACUUCUGAGGGAAGGUUGAUAAAAUCAGCAUGGGAGGACCAACUCCAUGCAAUAAAUUACGACCCAAUGCAUAAACAAGCAUUGCAAUUUCUCACUCCAAGUCAGACUCCUACGAACGAUGAUCAUUCUGAUGCGGGGAAGGAGUUGGUUGCUUCGCCUACAGCACAUGAUCAGGCAGCCAAUUUAGGUGAGUCAGAGGCAUUGGACAAGGACGAUUUCCGCCCCACAACCCCUGGGAGCAGCCCUGGAGUGGGCCAUUCUUUCGAUGGCUUAAAGAAGGAAGCUGUUCGACUGAAAACUCCGAGCGGUGAUGAAGAAAGGCUAACCGUUAUGGGGAUAACAGAUGAUUUCGAAGCCACUAGACCAGGUCACAGCCCCGGUGUUGGCCAUGCUGUUCAGAAUGAGGAACCAAAAGCCUAAAUACUUCAAAAUAGAAAGUGGAAGCUUAGUUGUGCAAGUCUUGUCAAUUCCGGUUCAGUUGGGUCUCGUGUCCCAAAAUGUUGUUCUUCAGUUCCUCUGGAAAUGGUUCUGCU